AUGCUCGCCGAGGGUGUGAUACAACCUCGCAUCGCUUUGGACUACGCCUCACUCAACCCUUGGAUCAAGCUCACUGCAAGAUUUACGCGAGCUUGUUACUCUACCUGGCAUCGAUGCGUGACUUCCAUCAUCCCUUGCUUCAGGGACACCACCUUAGCGCCCGCCGAACCGACACACCAACGUCUCGAACCCCAUAACGCCUUGAACCACGAACUCGUUGGUCAGAACGCCAGCCUAUCGAGUGGCGCACGUGAAGCGACAUCAGACUACUCCAGACGAGGUCAAUCGGACGAAACGGAAGUCAGCAGAGAUCCAGAUCAUGGUGUCGAUCCCGGCCUCAGCGGACCCAGUAAUGAGUGGCAACAGGACGAUGGGAACGAUAAUGAUGAAGGCACAGAAUUACAAAGCCUGGAUUACGACAGUACGGAAACUGAAGAGCCCGACAUCGAAGCGGCAGAGCUUUUCCUUCACAUCAUCAUACCCGCCGGCCUAGCCAACAAAAAGCAAGUUCCAUUACAAGUAACCCAGUACGAAACCGACUACGACCUAGCCUACCUAUUGAACCGCGUCUACCGUGAGCGACGCCCAUACUGGCGUGCGAUCUUCAUGGUGAACUCUGUCCGACCCGUCAAGUACGAGCUUUACAACAAAACCAACGUCCGCAUCAUCGACACCGGCAAUCCGGUGGAUACCAUGCCCGACAUAUUCAACCGACCGGAAGAGUACGUUUUCAGCUACUGGCCCCCAAUGCCCCUGCCUGAACCCCCUCUUCUGCACUCUGCGCAGCUCACCUCGCUCUACUGGGAUCCGGGUAGCUCGUACACGAAAGACAAUGCUUUGCGCGCUCUCCGAAACGCAAAGGUCGACUGA